UGUCAGGUCCAUGGUGAUGGGCCCCGGCGCCUGCUCACACAUCAGGGUCAGCUUCGUCACCUGCACGUUGGGCACGCUGGCAUCUGGGAACACGUGACACAGUGUGGCUCUUAUCCAUGGGGUUGGCACCUCAGGCCGCAGAGCAGGAGAGCUGGGGGCUCGUGGGGAGGAUGCCCAUGUGCCCCAACGGGCUGCAUGUAGCAGCCAGAGGACAAAGGGCUCCAGGCAGCAAGGCACCUCAGCCCAAACCCUUUGUGGAUGAGCCCAUGUUAAAAGCCCUGUGGCACAGCCCAGCCCACGUAGGCACAAGGGCAGCCCCUGGCUGACAGCCCCCCCGCGGCCGCUCGCUCCAUCUCCGCCAUCCCAAUGAAUUCCCCAGUCCCUCGUAACCGUUCCUAUGGCAACAGCAGCGGUGAUCCUGUAACCAAGGCAACCGGGGUCCCCGGGCAGCGUUACCCACAGCAGGGGAUGCCGGGGUCUCCCUGCAGUGGGGUGGGCACAGGCAGCGCCCGCGGGUGACGCGUUUGGGACGUGCCCUCCCCAUGGGGAUGCCUCCAGAGAUGGGGACACCGCAGCUCCCUGCACCCGCCGAGGCUGCAUCACCCGGUAUGGAGCGGAUGAUCGUCAGCAUGCAGGACCCGGACAUGGGCAUCAAGAUGAGGAACCAGAGGCUGCUCAUCACCGUCAUCCCCCAUGCCAUGACAGGGAACGACAUCGUGGAGUGGCUCAUCCAGAAGUACGGCAUCUCGGAGGAGGAGUCGCUGCACCUCGGCAACCUAAUCGUGAGGCACGGCUACAUCUACCCGCUCCGGGACCCCCGCAGCCUGGUGCUGCGUGCUGAUGAGUCGCCGUACCGCUUCCAGACUCCGUACUUCUGGACCAGCACCAAGUGGCCGGCCACCGAGCUGGAUUAUGCCAUUUACCUGGCCAAGAAGAACAUCCGCAAGCAGGGCGACCUGAUCGAGCAUGAGAAGGACAACUACAACCUCCUGCACAAGAGGAUCAACCACACGUGGGACUUCGUGGUCAUGCAGGCGCGGGAGCAGCUGCGGGCAGCCAAGCAGCGGCGGAAGGGUGACCGCAUUGUCAUCGACUGCCAGGAGCAGGCCUACUGGCUCGUCAACCGGCCCCCGCCGGGAGCUCCCAACGUGCUGGAGCAGGGCCCCGAGCGCAGGAACUGCCACACCACCCGUGUGCAGCUGGCCAAGAACAUGGACUACUACAAGCGGGAGAUCGAGUACUGCAGGAAGGCCAUGGCCAGGACCAGGGUGAAAUCGUCCAUCUGCCUCGAAGGGUACCUCAAGUUCAACGAGCAGUACGUGCCCCACGACCCCAUCAUGUCGGGCUGCCUACCCAGCAACCCCUGGAUCACCGACGACACCACCUAUUGGGCCAUGAAUGCCCCCACGGUGACGACCCCCACGAAGCUGCGGGUGGAGCGCUGGGGCUUCAACUUCAGUGAGCUCCUGAUGGACCCGCUGGGCCGGGCACAGCUCCUCGAGUUCCUCAAGAAGGAGUUUAGUGCUGAGAAUCUGAGCUUCUGGGAGGCGUGUGAGGAGCUGCGCUAUGGGGAGCAGUCCCGUAUCAAUGAGAUCGUGGACUCCAUCUACCAGCAGUUCCUGGCUCCCGGAGCCACGCGCUGGGUGAACAUCGACAGCAAAACCAUGGAGCGGACGCUGGAGGGCAUCAAGACGCCCCACCGCUACGUGAUGGACGACGCACAGAUGCACAUCUACAUGCUGAUGAAGAAGGACUCCUACCCACGCUUCCUCAAGUCGGAGCUCUACAGGAACUUGCUGGCAGAGGCCGUCAUCCCUCCGGAAACCAAGAAGCGGGUGUUCCCUUUCAUGCGCAAGCAGCGGCACUCCAGCCCCAGCCCUGCUCUGCUCCUGCCUGCCGGUGACACCGAGGCCAAGGGCGAGGAGAAGAGCAGGAGUCCUGCAGCUGUGCCCGAGGAGGAGAGCUAGGCCCUGCCACAGCACCCAGCCCGCAGUAGCACUGAAGGAGAGAAGCCAUACAUCCCCUGCAGACCCCACUCGCUGCCCCCAGAUCCUUCCUACCCCAGA